CAAGAGACAUGCAUUUUAGUAACAUCAGAUGUAUUCUUCUCUUUUCCCUUAUCAAAUAGCUGCUCUUCCCACACUCUUAGUUUGAAGUCUCACCCUUUUUUUUCUAGACUAGGGGGUAAGGGAGGGUGAUGAAAUGUUGGAACAAUUGAACAUCCCCGUCCAUUUUCUCCAAAAGCCUUUUGUAUUCUGGCAGAUCUGUGCAAUCUUUUUUUUCGCAUGACACCGUAGGCCUAGGCCUGAAAUAAUGGGGAGAAGCGAUGAGUAUCAGGAUUUCUCAGCAAGAACUAAACAAAACAUACAUCUUCUUUAGCGUGAAUUGGACUGGGGGUGGAGUGGGUGGGGUUGGAGGAAGGAAAAAAGAAUGGAAUAUCUGAAUAAAUAUGAAUAAAUUUAUUAGAUACUUUUUGCCAUCAGAUAGCUUCCCUCCCCCCGCCAAAAGUGUUAUUUUCUAUCUUUCUAAGGACAUAAGCCUUAACGAAAGCAAUCUGAGUAACGGAUUUGAGGAAAUUGCCCAAUAAUACGUUUACAUGCAUUUGAACUGAAAAAUUGUUAACCACGCUUUUGUCCAAGAUGUGUGAGGGCCAUUCAGGGGCUGUAGGGCCCUGGAUAGACGCACAAACAAGUGUGUGUCUAUCUGGAGCCCCACACAUUGUAAUAAACACAGCUGCAUUUAUUUGAGUAUGUGAUCCCAUGUACAUGUAAAAACAUUCAAACAAACACACUCCACAGAUUUAUUUGAUUGUGCAAUGGGGCAAUUAUUCAAAUAAACAUGCUCGGUGCAAUUAUUUGAAUCUCACAUUGCAUUUUCAUCAAUCACAGCUCUAAAAAAAGGGGGGGGAACACCAAAGAAUUUAUGUGGGAAAAAAAAAUAUAUGUGGAAACAACCUUAUUAUAGAUUUUAUAGGGUUAGCCAAAGCUAUGGCUCCCUCCUUAACUGUAACUCAACUAUUCUGUAUUCAACGACAUUUGUUUCUAAUGAUUAAUUGAUUCAUCCACUGGAUCAUGACAUCAGAAUGACCACAACCUUCAGAGUCAUAGAGUAGUGAACUUUACAAACCUCAAUUGGGUAGAAAUGUGAAAUCUCUGUAGUUUAAGUGCAGAAUAGUUCUUCCUAGGCAUUUUACAUCAAGGGGAUACUGUUUAAAUUAUUAUCACUUCAAAUAGCACUCCCAUAAAUUUAAAAAAUUUUAUGCAUACAACAAAACAUUCCUACAUUUGAAGACAUAAAAAAAAUCACAGGUGACUCAUCUGAUCGUUUUAUAUAUUAAUAAAUAUUAUGACAUAUAUGUGAACACAUCACGAAUCGUAUAGGUGUACCAAGAGGCAGCUUAUGCCUCUCUUAAGUAUGUACUGACAUAACCUAAUAUACUAAAAUGGGAAGGGGCGUUUAGUCACUGAAAUAUGCAUCGUGUAACAAAGAUGAAGAAAAUACAUGGCUUGUGCCCAUCAUAAAAAAGAUUCAGACUGAAGGCUUAGCUUUGGUUUUUAUUCAAUUAAAUUGUUAAACUGUGCACAGUGAUUUUUUUUUAGAACUUGAGACAUUUGUGAUGUUGGCUGUUUAAAUCUUUGUUACCUUCGCUGUGAAUUGAAAUUGUACAUAUUUAGUAAAUCAUGCAGACAAAACAAACUUUUUAGACAAUAUUUUUAUUGGAGAGUUUUCUUUUCCUGUAUCCAUGUUAAAAAAAAAAAAAAACAACAAGACCUCCUUUCCCAAAAUAAAAAAUGUCAAUACUAAAUUUAAAGAAGUAUAAAGGAAUGAUUGCUUCCUUUAGAGCUAAAUAUUGAAAUAAACAUGGAGAUAAUUGGCAACCUGUU